AUGGCUCGCAAGGCAAAGACGACGUCGACGAUGGUGCGAGCCACUCGCAUCAAUAAGGACGUCAAGACGACGCUCGCGCACAGUCGCGUGCUGUCGUUCCUCUACGACUUCAUGUGGAGCUACCGCUACUUCCCGCAGCUCGCCUGUCUACUCCUGCUCGUCGAGGCGGGUGUGGGCUACCUGAUCAUCCAGAACGUGCCCUAUACGGAGAUUGACUGGUCCACGUACAUGCAGCAAGUGGAGCUGUUCAAGCGCGGCGAGCGCGACUACCUCAACAUUGGCGGCGACACUGGACCGCUCGUGUACCCGGCGGGGUUCGUCUACCUCUUUUCGUUCCUGCACUCGGUCACGGACGACGGUCAAAAUAUCCGGCGGGCCCAGUACAUCUUUCUAGGGUUCUACCUCGUGACAAUUGCCACCGUGCUGGCGAUCUACUACCGCGCACGCGUCCUGCCGCCCUGGGCCACCGUCUUCUUGUGCAUAUCGAAGCGUCUGCACUCGAUCUACAUGUUGCGCAUGUUCAACGACGGCGUGGCGAUGAUGCUGCUGUUCCUUGCUGUGUACUUGUUUGCACGCCAACGCUGGCGCUGGGGCUGUGUGCUCUUCAGUCUCGCAGUGUCGAUCAAGAUGAACGUCUUGCUGUUCGCACCGGCACUGUUCUUCUUGUUGCUGCAGUCGUGUGGUAUUCUGCGCACGGCGUGGUACUUAUUGGUCUGCGCAGCUAUUCAGGUUGCGUUGGGCUACCCGUUCCUCAAGCACAACUGGUGGGGCUACGUGAACAGAGCGUUUGACCUCAGCCGCGUGUUUGCGUUCAAGUGGACGGUCAAUUGGCGGUUCCUGGACGAAGCAACGUUCGUGUCGGGCGGAUUCGCACUGCUGUUGCUACUGGGGCACGUGUUCUUCAUGGUACUGCUUCUCGACAAGCACUUUCACAUCGUGGGCACGAUCCGCGCGGUGAUGAUGAAGCCGUUCGCUGUCUACGAGCCAUUCCCCAUCCAGAGUGAGAUCGUCGUGACGUCGCUCUUCGUCAUGAACUUUGUCGGCGUCGUCUUCUCGCGCACGCUGCACUACCAAUUCUACGCAUGGUACUACCCGACGCUGCCGUACCUGCUGUGGUGUUCCGACCUCCCGCUGCUGCUCAAGAUGGCGGCGCUGCUGAACAACGAGUACGCGUUCAACACGUUCCCGUCGACCACCAUGAGCUCGAUCAUGCUGCAGCUCACCAACCUGUUCCUGCUCAUCACGCUGUACCUGAACCAGAAGUCGAACUCGUUCGUGCCGUACCUGGACGCCGAGUCGCGGCUCAAGCUGACCGCCUUCGUGAACGAAGAGUGCUUCGACGGCGCGCGUCAGCUCGCGCUGUACUACGGCAGCGUGACGGAGAAUCUGGCCGACGGGGCGCGAGUCGCGUCCAUUGACGAGCACGAGGUGGUGCUGUCGCUGCCCACGAUGAAGCUGACGCUCGCAGUGGGCUUUGGGAGUAGCGGACCGGUCACGGGCGAGGGCUACGGCCGUCAGGUGCUGACGGAGAUGCUGCGUGAGGCGGGCGCGGGCCUUCGGGCCGGCAACACGAUGGGCAAACUCAUCAGCCGCGAGUACACGAAGGAGAAGGAGCUCGAGCGGCUCGUGAACGCGCUGGACGAGCCGCACGAGCGGACGGACGCGCGCCAGUCGCUGCGGCAGCGGACGACCGCGACAACAGUGACGACGACGACGACGUCGACGAUGACGACGACGAGCGUGUAA